ACAAAAAAAUAAACAAUUUAGUUUUGAUGUCAACUGUGAAGAAAGGACUCAAAUAAGAGCCACUACAAUUAUCAUCAAACCAUGAACCAUAAAGCUCUCCUUAAAAUCUCUCUUCACUCUUCCCAUCAUUACAAUCGAAUCUCACACUCUCUCUCACAUUUCGUCCUCUGAUCGGAUAUCUUCUUGAAUCGCCGCCAUAGGAGAAGAGACAUUCCGACGAGGAUGACGAAACUCUGCGAGCUGUGUAGUGCACAAGCCGAUCUCUACUGCGACGCAGACUCCGCUUUCCUCUGCCGAUCCUGCGACGCAAAGUUCCACGCCUCUAAUUUCCUCUUUUCCCGCCAUCUCCGCCGCAUCAUCUGCCCUGACUGCGAAUCCCUCACCGGAGAUUUCGUCUCCGGUUCUCUUCCGCCUUGGCCUCCGAGAACAAGCUGCUGUUCUGGAUCUCACUCUUCUUCGGCCUCUUCUUGCUGCUCCGAGCUAUCGUCGACGAAGACGAGGAAGACGCGUGUCGUCGUCGCGAACAGAGCUCGAGGGAGGGAAAAAACAGUGAAGGCGGUUGCGGUUGGCGUUUUUGUAAAAUGGUGCGAUAGAUUAGGACUUAAUGAAGGUUUCAGAAACGCGGUCGUUUCGUUGGCGUCUCUCGCUUUGGCUGUGGAGAAGCCAAGAUUAAAGACGAAGGUGAUUUUAGCGGCGGCGUUUUGGUUGGGCGUUAAGAACUCGCGGAAGGCGAUGACGUGGCCGACUCUAAAGAAGGUGGAAGAUGUAACCGGGGUUGCAUCUGGAAUGAUUCGAGCCGUUGAAAGCAAACUGGCGCGUGCGAUGACGCUGCAGCUUAGACGGUGGCGCGUGGACUCGGAAGAAGGAUGGGCCGAAAACGACAACGUUUGAAAAUAUUUUUUUUUGGACGUGGGUCCCGCAUAUUGCACGUAGGCCUAGUGGUAGAGUGAUAACAAGUUGUAUCGUCGACGUGUUGAUUUUUCUUUCCAAACGUUUAAAAUGGUUUGAACCGCUUGAGAUGGUAGAAAUUUAUUUAGUGUUGGAGACUAAAAAAUUUAGUUGUUCUUCAAAUCCUGAUUAGUCCAAUGUUAAAC